AUUGAUUCCAGCACAAUCAGAAUUCAGUCACAACACAAGAGAAAGAAAAAUGGAGCUUCAAGACACAGCAGCAAGCAGAGUUUCCAUUGAAUUGCCUCUUGGUUUGGCACUGCUCUUUGCCUCUCUGCUCUUCAUAUGUGUCUUCUUUUGCUGCUGCUUACAUUGGAAAAAGCUCAAAACCUUGUUUCCAUCUUCUGGGGCUGACACCUCUCAGGCUCAUAUGCAACAAGUAGACUUAACUUCCUCUCCCCAGAAACCAGCAUUUCCUGUUCUGAUGAUGAAGCAGAACUAUGCUCAGAGCUUGCCUGUGUUGAUGCCAGGGGAUGAAAUCCCAAAAUUCAUAGCCACAGCAUGCCCAUGUGAACCUCCAAGAGAUGAAAGGAUCACAAUCCAUGUAGACAUGGCAGGAAAUUCUGAUUUUUGCAGAAGCAGCAACUAAAGAGUGUUGCUGAUUUCAAUAGAAAUCAAAGCCUUUCAGAAUUCAGGGUAGCUUACAUAUAAUUUACAGAACAAAUCAUGGACCUUCUUUCUCAAUAGCUAAGAAUUUGAUAGCUUUGUGCUGAGUGAGAUGAUGAUAUAUCUACCAAGCUCACUGAAGGUGCCAGGAAAAUACCAAAUCUGAGAGCCCAUUUAUUUUUUUCAGAAUGGGAAAGAAAAUGGUUGAAAUGUAAACAUUCCUAGUUUGAUUUAUUGUUUUGGGUUAAACAUCAUAUUAGUCCCUGUCUUUGUGUCGCCGUCUGAACUAGGUCACUCGCCGGAAAAAUUAUUGUAAAAGAUCCUCUUGUUUGUAAAUUGUUUGGGGCGAGUCCUCACCGGAGCCCCACCCAUAUUUGGGCCACCCGUUGUUGUUCCCACGUUCCAGUCUGUUCAAUCCUGGACGUGAGGGGGUGUGUUAGAAGUCCCACAUUGGCUAGAGAUAAGGCAAAUCAAGUGUUUAUAAGGGUUGUGCAAACCUCAACUCUUGAGCUA